GUUUGCUGUCAUGGCGGACAUAGAAAUAAGCAGGCGUGCACUCUAAUGCUAUAUAUCGGUUGCAAUAUCCGUUUCAGAAACAGAUGUGGGGACGAAUUGUUCGGAGCGCUGCAUUGAUCAACAACGUUCACGGAACAUUGUGUCAGAGGCAGCUAUUCACCAUGCAGCUGAAAACCGCGGAGUUUCAGUCAUUAUUCACGGAUGGGCUGACUGGCAUAGCAGAGUUGUUUGAGAAGCACAGUCAUGAGCUGAGAAUAGCAGGAGGUGCGGUCAGGGACCUCUUGUCUGGGAAGCGACCAGAGGAUGUGGAUUUUGCCACCACAGCAACCCCGGAAGAGAUGAAGAAUAUGUUCAGCGGAGCGGGAAUCAGGAUGAUUAACAACAAAGGCGAGAAACACGGGACCAUCACUGCUCGGCUUCACAAUGAGAAUUUUGAGGUGACUACACUGCGAGUGGACGUGGUGACAGAUGGACGACAUGCAGAGGUGGAGUUCACCACUGACUGGAAGAAGGACGCUGAACGCAGAGACCUCACCAUCAACUCUAUGUUUCUUGGUUUGGAUGGAACGCUUUAUGAUUAUUUUAAGGGUUAUGAGGACCUCCAGAACAGGAAGGUGCGGUUUGUAGGCAGCGCUGCACUCAGGAUCCAAGAAGACUAUUUGCGAAUUCUGCGAUAUUUCAGAUUCUACGGACGAGUGGCAUCUGAGCCUGACCAGCAUGACACGGAAACCCUGCAGGCCAUCAGGGAGAACGGCAGGGGCCUGGCGGGGAUCUCAGGGGAGCGGAUCUGGGUGGAGCUGAAGAAAAUGCUGGUGGGGAACCACGCUGCUCACCUGCUGGAGCUCAUCUACACGCUGGAUCUGGCAACAUUCAUAGGGCUGCCAGCAGAAGGCAAUGUUGAGGAGAUGAAGGAGGUUUGGCAACGGGCUCAUAACUGGUCUCCUAAGCCCAUGACCGUGCUCUCCGCUCUGUUCCGCAGCUCCGACGACGUGGAGAAGUUGGACCUGAGGUUGAAGAUCUCCAAGGAGGAGAAAAACCUGGGCAUUUUCCUCGUCAAGCACAGACGGGAUCUCAUCAAAGAUCACGACAAACAGGACAGCCUGAAACCCUACACAGAUUUCAUCAUCGAUUGUCGGGAACCAGAUGCCCAGAGCAAAGUGUGUGAACUGCUGAAGUAUCAGGGUGAGGAGCAGCUCUUGGAAGAGCUGAGCAGAUGGCACAUUCCUCGUUUCCCCGUUAGUGGGCAUGACCUACGUAAAAUGGGCAUCACCUCUGGUAAAGAGAUCGGCACCAUCCUGCAGAACCUCAGGGACAUCUGGAAGAAGAGUCACUACAAAAUGGGCAAAGAGGAGCUGCUAGCGACCGUUAACACGUCCUGACCACACGCUGGGGGGGGUCGGACAGUCGUCAUAACCGUUGACGCCUCUGCGUAUCCAUACGCAACCCAUAAACUCAAGGGUUAUCUAGCGCUCAGCCCUCUCACUUCACGGUACAUAAAAGUGUUACGCAAUAAUGCAGGCCAUCUAAGCGAGACAACAGGAGUCCCGUAUGACCGACAUCUGUAAAAAGCACUUAUAUACUCCUUUUCAACCUUACAGGGAACAUGCCCCGCAACACAGGUGU